GGCGGGGGUUCCCCGAAGGCGGGGGUUCCCCCUUGGGCCCUUGUCCGAGUCCCGAGGCCCGGGAGGGAAAGCCCAGGCUCCCGAGCGCUGCCCGCCUCCAGCCGCCGUUUUGCACCAGGAGUGGGCGGCGGCGGGAGGGGAGCUCUCUUGGGGCCGGGCUUGGGCCCGGGCGGGGCGGUGGCGGAGGGCGGGCCCCUCGGGCCGAGCGGGCCGUAACCUUCUGGGAGGGCAGAGAUCCGUCUUCUUCUGUACCAUCCAGGUCAGAGCUGACUAAGAAGUAUACAGAAGCCAAGUCAUGGAUCCACCUGCACGUAAAGAAAAAUCCAAAGUUAAAGAGGCCGUCAGCAGAGUUGAGAAGGCCAAGCAGAAAUCAGCCCAGCAGGAGCUGAAGCAAAGACAGAGAGCAGAGAUCUAUGCCCUCAACAGAGUCAUGACAGAACUGGAGCAGCAGCAGUUUGAUGAGUUCUGUAAACAGAUGCAGCCUCCUGGAGAGUGAGCUACCCCUGCCUUCACACUCGAUGGGACCCUGGAGGCUUUGUUUGUGUGUUACCAGUCUUAAGCUGAGAUGGCCCAUUUGGAGCCUUACACAACUGGACCAGAAGACAUUUGUGUUAUUCCUAAAACUGGAUAAAUCGGAACUUCCUAUAUCUAACUUACUUCACUAGUUCCUCCGACCUGAAUUGGCCCAUUGCUUGCUGAAGAGACUUGUUCUAUUCUUCCAAGACAAUAGAUUCUUUUUUUUCAUUUUUUUUUAACUUUUUCUAUUUUUUUGGGAAAAAAAUCAGUGUUUCUUGUGAAACUGUAAAUCUCCAAAACUACAAAUAAAAUACCAAUAAGCUGUU